AAGGAGCUGGAGGGAUGUGCUGAGGCCGGCCAGGUGGGUGUGUCCCCACCCGCCACAGGAGCAGGUCCUACGAGCUGGGCCCAGCCCAGAGCAGACAGCGGAAGCCAGCUCGAGGCAGAGGCAGCGGCAGAGCUACAGGGAGCACAGGUCUCCACUGCUGAAGAAGUUGUGAUCAAAGGCACCGGCCACGCCACAGUCUGCCCCCGCAGCCCCUGCCCACAUUCCCAUGUCCUGCCUCUGCUCGCUUUGGGCCCAGCUCUAUACAGCUUCCAGGCGCCCUGCGGGAGGUGAACAGGAUCCUGGGUGCCUGGCGUGCCCCAUCAUGCCCGCAGCCUAGCUCCCCUCCCGCUCUGGCACUAUGUUGGCCAACUCCACCGCCAACACCUCUCCAGGCAAUGGCUCUGUCCCCCCUUGCCCAGACUACCGGGCCACCCACCUCCUGCACUUGGUGGUCUACAGCCUGGUGCUGGCAGCGGGGCUCCCGCUCAACGCCCUGGCCCUCUGGGUCUUCCUGCGCGCCCUGCGCAUACACUCAGUGGUGAGCGUGUACAUGUGCAACCUGGCGGCCAGCGACCUGCUCUUCACGCUCUCGCUGCCCGUGCGCCUCUCCUAUUACGCGCUGCACUACUGGCCCUUCCCAGACCUCCUGUGCCAGACGGCGGGGGCCAUCUUCCAGAUGAACAUGUAUGGGAGCUGCAUCUUCCUGACGCUCAUCAACGUGGACCGCUACAUAGCCAUCGUGCACCCGCUGCGGCUGCGCCACCUGCGGCGACCGUAUGUGGCGCGGCUGCUGUGCCUCGGCGUGUGGGGGCUCAUCCUGGUGUUCGCCGUGCCCGCCGCCCACGUGCACCGGCCCUCGCCCUGCAGCUACAGGGACUUGGAGGUGCGCCUGUGCUUCGAGAGUUUCAGCGACGAGCUGUGGAAGGGCAGACUGCUGCCGCUCGUGCUGCUGGCCGAGGGGCUGGGCUUCCUGCUGCCCCUGGUGGCCGUGGUCUACUCGUCCGCCCGGGUCUUCUGGACUCUGGCGCGGCCCGACUCCACGCGGAGCCAGCGGCGGCGGAAGACCGUGCGCCUCCUGCUGGCCAACCUGGUCAUCUUCCUGCUGUGCUUCGUGCCCUACAACGCCACGCUGGCGGUCUACGGGCUGCUGCGGGGCCACCUGGCUGAGGCCAGCACCACAGCCCCCGACCAGGCGCGCCAGGGGCUGAUGGCUGAUGUCCAUCCCACAGACCAAGGAGUAGGCGGAAGAGUGCAGGAAGGGGCAAGCAAUGGAGAAAGGGCAAGGGAGGAGGCUGCAGGGGAAGCAGGGGCCAGGCAGGCACGGGUGGGGCUGGGCGAGGGGCCGGAGGGCGGGGAGCGCCGGAGGGACAGCGCGGCUCGCGAGGGAGGGGGCCGGCGGGGAGACCGGCGCCGACGCAGCCUCGAUGUGUGGAACGGGCUGGGGUUUGGCCCACAGCCCCUCGUGCCACUCUGCUCCCCUUCUCCCCCGACCCGUGAAGUGGGGGCCCUUGAUCUUCCAGCCUCCCCCCUCCCCUGA